AUGUCCGAGACCCACGUCAUUGACGACGCACCCGCAAACUGCAAUCCUCCAGCGCCGACGAGCGCGUCCCAUCGUUCCAGCUCGGGGUCGGAUUCAAUAGUAGAUUCCCCGGCUUCAUCACGUGGCCGCCAGCUCCGACGUUCCGCACGUCGCAAGGCUAAAGCCAGAGAUGACUCUUCAUCACCUGCCCCAGAGAGACGUCCGCCGCAUUCCCCGGCUUCUUCGUACACCUCUACUCACAACACGAUCCCCGCCAUCCAGAAAUGGACUGUCCAGGGCCUACGAAUGGCUCUAUCCAAAGCGGACGUCGAUUUCAGCAGGCGGAUGACCAAGGCGGAGCUUUCACUUACGGAGAGUGGAGCUGGGCGAUUGUCCGCUAUCGUGGCAGAGCUCGCUCUCUCCAAUGGGAGCGCGCAUUUCUACACGUAUCACAGACUUUUCUCCGCCAAAUGUGCCAUUCGUGUAGCUCAGUGGAACCAGUGCCCCUACUGGGGAGCAUUGGACACUGAGCUGCAUAACAGGGUUUUCCUGGGCGUCCGCAAUAUUUCAUGCGCGAUCACCGACUAUCUUCUGACCAGUCUCUCUAACGGUUUCGACCCCGGCAUCAUCAGUCUACCAUCGCACAGCUUAAUAUGCCCCAACUUCCAGUCUGCGCUCGCCGACCCAGAGUCAGUCGAUGUCCUCAUUAAAAAGGAGAUCGACGCUAAUUUCAUUAUUGGCCCCUUCGACGCUCCCCCCUUUACUGCAUUUCGCAUCAGCCCCAUUGGCAUAGCGACACCGUUUUGCCUUCCAGAAGUUCAGGCGGCUGGCACCCGAAGCAGACCCUUUGCCAUCACUGGUACCUCCCUAUUCGGAGCUGAUAUUCCGGUUAACCACCCCCUAAAAACCCUCCUCGAUUCCUCUCUAAACUCCAUCAUUCAAGCCGUCUCCCUCAGGACCCUCCAAUCUUAUCUCACUGCAUGGAAAAGCUUCAAGUCUUUUCACCUGGCUUUCAACAUUCCCUUUCCCGAUUUUUCUGUCCUCACCAUCACCUCCUUCAUCUCCUUCCUAAACUCUUCAAAAAACCUCCAGGCCAGCUCAAUUAAAGGCUACAUGAGCGGAGUCCAGUUCUUCCACAAACUCAUAUUCAAUUCGCCAUCUGCAGCCAUAGCCAGCUCCCAAACAUCUAUGCUUAUCAAAGGCAUUCAACGUACCCAGCCUGCUCGCCAAGAUGCAAGGCAACCUAUGGAUAUACCAGUAACCCUGGAUAUACUGACCAGAUGCAUUUCCACCCUCCGUAAAGGAUACCACUCCAAACACGUCAAUCGCACACUCGACACCAUGUUUAUCCUAGCAUUCUUCGGAUUUCUAAGAUGUUCAGAAAUUUCCACAACAUCCACUUUCAACCCCCUAACCCAUCCAACGGUAUCCGACCUGUCAGUAGUCGAUUCAGAGACGAUGUCAUUCUCCAUUAAACAGAGCAAGACGGACCAAACCAGGAGAGGACAUUUCAUCUACAUAUUCAAUCUCCACUCACCAAUUCAACCUUAUCAGACCCUCCUAGCCUACCUCCACUUCAGGAAAUCCCAGACAAAAACUACAUCGGAUCCUCUAUUCGUCGACGAGUCUAACCGCCCAGCUACACGCUUCUGGUUCCAAAAGCACCUCAAAGCUGUCCUGCUCCUUUCCGGCAUCCCCGCAGACCACUUUUCCGGCCACUCCUUCCGCAUAGGCGCAGCAACCACAGCAGCCCAAAAAGGCCUCUCGCACACUCAAAUCCAAGCACUAGGGCGCUGGACAUCGGAAGCUUUAAAGAGCUACAUCAGGUCAGAUCGCUCUAUCAUCAGGGAAGCUCAUCGAACCCUCAAUUCCAAGAUCAUCUAG